UGGUUAUAUUGAGCGCGAUUUAGAGCGUAUACCCUGCAUUUGAACCAAACCCGUUGGAUCUACGCAUGGAUGAUGUAACAGUAUCCGGAGUUCAGGCGUUAGCUCUAAUGUGAAUAGAACACGUAUAACAGAGUUUCUUUAUACAUGACUUUAACUCAUUGUUAUGGAAAGAGAACUGAGCAGUGGUGCAAAAUUUCCAUGCCCUUGGGAGCGGUGGACUAUGGGUGCUCAUAGCCACUCCAUCCAGAACACAAAAACCACAAUUACAGCGGUCAAUACCGACGUAAAGCAGACCGCCUUCCAUGUCCCUUUCUCUCGAGCACAUUCUCCUCCGAAAGUCAACAACGCUUUCACCCAUCCAGACGUCUUCUCCUCUUCCUCCUCCACUUUAAGAUGGCGUGCCUCCCAUACUCCGUAUCGUGGAUUUAUUUCGUACUCCUCAUCGCUGUCGCUAGCUAGCUUCCGCUUGAUCUCUUCUUCGAUUUCAAUCCUCGCUCUCUCCACCUUUGCAGCCCUAGCUUCCUCUUCCCGCGCCUUUGCUUCGUUUUCCUCUCGCUGUGCAGCUGCGGCAAUGGCUUGGGCAAAUCGGCCGCUACGGUGGCGGUGGCGUUGCGGAGGAGGUUGCAUAGGUUCGAACAUGGUUGCAAACGUGGUGGUGUUAGACUAGUUCGAGUAGUGAUUGACGCGCGAAAAGGAUGUGGGGGUUCUAGAAAAGAUUUUUAUAUUUCAUGGAGGUCGUCUCGGGCGUUUGUUUUAGCGGUAGCAUCAUAGUGAGUGAGAGAGGUCAUUCACUGCGCGGGUGUGACCUUUCAACGCUCUGGUCGUUUGCUAUACAGCCGAGAGUCUCAGGUGCACAAUACCCUGUCACCGAGUCUUAAAAUCCUUUCUCCAAGA